AUGAAGGUCAAGAACUCCAUUCGAGAAAGCCGGGAGGACCGGAGGCGGUCCUUUGGGAUCGGCGGAGCUGGGAAUAUUCGCACCAAGGCCGAAGCAGUCGUCAACGACGUGCUCCCGUCUGAGCGCUCGGAGCAGCGGCGGCGGAGUAGCGUCCUGAGCAAGGUGUCGUCUUCCACGUCGGCAUCGGGGAGCUGGAAGGACGUGAAGGAGCUUUUCCGGACCAAGUCUAACAAAAGCUGA